CUUUUGUUCAACGUAGCCUAAUAACACCAUCUAGUGGUUAUUUACGAAACACAUUAUAUAAGCGCAGCAUAUGUAAAAUUAUUUUAUUGUUGGCAGUUUGGUAAGGGAACACUUAUUGAACAACUGACACAUUGUGGAUCUUAUUAAAUACGAAUUUAAAAAGCCAAUCAUUACAGACACAAAACCUUCUUAGGAAGGGAUUAUAGCCUGACAGUUUGUCCUCUCACUACUGCUUCCAGGAAAUGAUGACUUCUUCUUCUCUUACCACAAGUUGUGGUCACAUUUUGUGAAAAGCAGAUAUGGCCUUUCAAUAAGGUGUGAGCUCUCUCACAAACUGAAAGGCGUCGCUAUUAUUGGGUCCUUUAUCGCCAAGCAAACACUGCAGCAAGUCAAUAUUUUGGACCGACACACCUCUUUUUCCAUGUUGGAGAAAUGAAGUUCAUUUCGAGAUUCUUUUCGUUCUUUACAAAUAAACAAGAUAACAGAGGCGGAGUGAAUUUCCUUUGCUACCAAACAUAGUUCAUUCGCGGAAGACGUUUUGUCAAACCGAAUAGCUUUCAGUUUUCCACCUUUUGCGCGUAGGCGCUAGAGAUGGAGUUUUCGGAGCACAUAAAAACGGCCAACGUUGAAGAUGUUGUCCUACGACGGCCGUCACAUGCUCCGAUGAAAGGGACAUUAUGUGUGACAGGGCAUCACCUUCUGUUCUCUGACAGGGAUGGAGACAGUCCGAAACAGGUCUUGGUGCUUCUCAGAAACAUUGAUGCUAUUGAGAAGAGUGUGGAAAACCUGUUAGGCUAUUCCAGCCUCUUCUCUAGUUCAGUCCAGAGUGAAAGGCCAACUCUGUCAUCUGGGACAAUCACCCUCCGGUGUAAGGACCUAAGUGUUCUCCAGUUGGACAUCCCGGGUAUGGAAGAGUGUCUCAACAUAGGCCACUCUAUUGAGACUCUCUCGUCUCUGGAGACAGUGUCACACACGUAUCCCUUCUUCUACAGACCUUCCGGUCUCAGUCUGCAAGGCCAGUGGGGCCUCUCAUCCACUGAGCUAGACUACGCUCAAAUGGAGGAUCUGAAUGACCAAUGGAGGCUGAGUCAUGUCAACAGGGACUACUGUGUGUGUCCAUCCUACCCCCCUGCUGUGAUCGUCCCCAGAGCCAUUGAUGAUGAGGCUCUCAUAAAGGUGGCCAAGUUCAGACAAUGGGGGCGCUUCCCUGUGCUUUGCUAUUACCACAAGCCUAACAGCAUGGUCAUCAUGCGCAGCAGUCAGCCCCUGACAGGAGCCAAUAGGAAGCGCUGCAGGGAGGAUGAGCUCCUCCUCCAGGCUGUGAUUGACGGGUCAGAGAAGGGUUACAUUAUCGACACCCGCUCCAGCCAGCAGGCUCAGCAGGCGAGGAUGACAGGGGGCGGCUUUGAGUCCAAAUCCAGCUACAGCUGCUGGAAGAGACUGCACAGGCAACUGGAAAGAGGGAAGGUGCUCCAGGAGAGUCUAAUCAAGCUAAUGGAGGCCUGUGGGGACCACUCCGACAGUGUGGACCGCUGGCUCAGCAAGCUGGAGAACUCCAAGUGGCUGAGUCAUGUUCACAAUGCCCUGGCCACCGCUGGCCUCACUGCAGAGUGUGUGGAGAGGGAUGGCCACUCGGUUCUGGUCCAUGGUUCUGAGGGGACAGACACCACUCUGCUGGUGAGCUCCCUGGCCCGGCUGAUCCUGGACCCAAGUUCACGCACACUACCUGGCUUUCUUGCUCUGCUGGAGAGGGAGUGGGUGCAGGCUGGCCACCCAUUCCAGCAGCGCUGUGCCCACUCUGCCUACUCCCACGCCCGUAUCAGACAGGAGGCCCCAGUGUUCCUGCUGCUGCUGGACUGUGUGUGGCAGCUCGCCCACCAGUUCCCCCUGGCCAUGGGCUUCUCUGAGGCCCUGCUCAUACGGCUGGCCUCGGAUGCCUAUGCCUCCAACUAUGGCACCUUCCUCUGCAACUCUGACCAGGAGAGGUGUGCUCUGGGUGUGAAGGAGAGAACCCACUGUCUGUUCCAGGCUCUGUUGACACAUAGGGAGAGGGAGUGCUAUUCAAACCCCCUGUAUGAGCCCACAGAGCUGGCCAUCUGGCCCUCUGUCCAGCCCCAGUCCCUGCAGCUCUGGAGAGGUCUGUUUUUGAGGUGGACACAACACACUCGACACCUUGAAGAGGCUCAGGAGGAAAUACGCAACCUUGUCCUUGAAUGUCGCGGAGCAGAUCGAGCUUCAGGGGAACUUGACCCAUAACCGUUCUGUUUCAUCCAUUCCAAAGACACAUUUGAUGUUGAUUAUUUAAAGUAUCCUACUGUAAAACUGUGUAUUACAUUUUUCAUAGUAAAACCUUUAUCUGAAAGUUUAUAACCUUUAUUUUAUAAAUAAUUAGUUUUUAUAACACGUGUAUUUGUCUUGCUUGAUUCAAUAACCUUUUAAAAGAUCAUGAUCACAUGUUCUUCCAUGUUAUAUAUUGCCAAUCUCAUUUCAGUUGUAAUUGGUAUUGUUUCUUACAUUAUUCCUAUUUUAAGUACAUUAAUUAUAUUGAUUUAUAAUUAUUAUAAUAAUUAAAUAAUACCAUUUUAAUUAUCUGAUUGUUAUAUUAACAUUGUAAUAUUAUUAUUGGAGUAACCGUUUUGUUAAGCUCAGCUAAACAAUACACACAAUACAAAUCCUCUGUGAGCAAUGAGUCAGCAUGUUUUCCCACGCGAAGCUUUGCAAGCUGGAGACUGUAGUCCUCUUCAGUCGAGGGACACCUGCUCUAGGGAUUAUAUCGCAAACGAGGAAAACCACGUAUCCCAGCAUGACCUUCUUUGCCUGCUUAGGUACCCAAUGGUUGCUCGGUGCGCCUAAUCAGUGACCAAUAGGAGGUAGGCUAAAAUUGUAUUUGAAUCAACGACUGGACGUCCCAUCACCUGGCACAGUUUUCAGGUUUUGA